AUGGCUGCGUUGCGGGCAGCGGCUCGGCUGCUGGCGGUGGUCAGCGCCCUGACGCGGCCCUGGGAUGUGAGGGGCUUGGGAUCCACAGGCCAGCUGUCCGCUAAGAUGCAGCCCAAGGCGGUAGGGGGCGUGGGGCUGUCCUUCACAGUCCAGCUGUCGCAGGAAAGUUUCGACGGGGAGCAGGAGAAGGUGUGGGCCGGCUCGCCUGUUGCCUGUGCGGGACAGUGUCGCCUGAACCCCGAAUGUGGCGCCUUCGCUUUCAAAGCAACUGAGGUCCCGAACUGCGUGAUGUUCGUGCGGCAGACGUGGAACUCGCCGGGCCACCCGGGCCUCUACUACAGGGGCAUGUCCCUGUCCGGCGGCGACCGCCUCUUCCGUCUGCCUCCUCCUGCCUUCGACGUGCCCGACCAGUUGCUGGCUAAAUGCCAGGCGAUCGGCCAGCGUCUGGUGCAAGUGCCGACAGUCCUGAAGGACUUGGUGGCGGUUCAGAGCCAAGGCCAGUUCUGCUACGACCUCAAGAGGACUUCAGAGACGGCCUCUUUCACCACCAUGACUGGAGGGCCUGUUGACGCCUCGUUGCUUGUCAUACGGGAUAAUUCGAGCAAAUCGCUUACACCUCAAUGCAUCGCGAGUCACUACAAUUGGAAUUUUAGGAUGCAUUGUCCAGACUGGGGCGUCAAAUCUGACGCCACAGUCUGCCAGUACAAGCCAUGAAAUCUCUAAGCACUUGUUUCAUGUUCUGAAACAUUAAGUCUAAGUCAUGCAGAGUUGAUUUAUUGUAAUUUGCAGUGAAAGGUAUUCACUGAUGUCACAAUGAGCUGACAAGACUAAAUGCAAGUGAGUUAUACCACAGUUAUCUAUCACUCAUGUAUUUAUGUUAGCUGAUAUGAUGAUUCCAUGAAAAUAUUCAUGAGAUUCAGGAGCAACCUCCUAACUCUAAGCACAGAUUCUCAAUAUUAAAAUUUCAAUCACAACCGCAGAGGUUAAGUGCUGGACCAGGAUUUUGGACUCAGCUGCCUCUUUUUACCUACGAAAAUCGGAAACACUUUAAAUUAUGUUGAGCCCUUUCAGACCUGAUCAGACCCCCGUCACACUCCUCCACUCUUUAUCACACCCCAUCACACUCCUGCCAAUUAUUUUCACGUGAUGCCACACCUUGUAACACCCUAUUACACCCCGGCCGUCACAACCCCGUCACAUUUCAGCACAUCCGCGUCUUGGCGAGAGCGCAGGAAAAAAACGUUUCGGCUGUAAAAUUUCACGGUAUUUAGCCGGAUAUUUAACGCUGGUCUGAUCAAAUUUUUCAACCGGGUUUCAAAGGUAUUGAAAAUAUUUGCUGGUUCUUGAAUGAAAAAAUUCACUUGACACUCUCAUGAAGUACAGUAUCUGAGGAGAAUAUAGCGCUAACAUAGUUCCUAUAUAUUGCCAUCUUUAUUUUAUUUGACGCACAGUUUGUAUGACACAGUGCACAAAAUACUCAGUAUAUCUGUUUACAAUGUAUUGUACACCUGACUGA